GUCGGGGUCCUCAGAGGUCCUUUGAAUGCAUGUGGCGCGAUAUGGGAAACAGUGGAAAAUAGUUUGACAGCAGGACAGCCGAAGAGCUUGUAAUUGCCCUUUGGCUCUCCAUUGAUCCAAACAACAUGUUUUCUGCAGAGCAAAGUUGUUGGUUCGUCCGCAAGGUGGUAUUCUGGAGAGCUGUGGCCAGUAUUGCUUGGGCUGUCCUGUUGUUGCCACCCAUCACAGCCGUUUUUGUAAUCAUCAGCAGGUUCAGUGUGCUCCACCCCAUCCAGGCGGUAUCAGAAUGCCUGUCCUUCUUAACGAGUGCAAGUGCCAUCUUCUCCUUCAUUCUGCUGUGUGGGGUGAUCAUCAUGGUAGGUUUCCUGAACCUGGAGUAUUAUACAGUCAUCCCAAGGAUUGCAUGCUCAAAAAUUGCCCUGUUUGGUCAGCUACUCCACCCUCGUCAGUUUGUCAACUCCCUGGCCCACUGUGUCAUGGGAAUAAUCGUGGCUUGGUGUUGUGCCAUCACCAUUGGGGGCAGAUAUGAGACAAUCGCCUACCCUUGCACACAGGGUGAUGGUUCCCCCCAGAUGUGCCUGAAUGAGUAUCACCUCAUCCUUCUGCUGGCUGGAGCCUUUGUUGGAUUCUCUCACAGUCUGCUGGGUGUGAUCUACAACAUGAACUAUGUUUCUUUUCACACUGUUCAGCAAUACAAAUACCUUCGCUUUAAGGGAUCCCUAUCUUUGGUGCUGAAGUGUAGCGCCACUCAAGCACUUUACUCAGUCAGGAACUACAUUGUUGUGUAUUUCUUUUUGGGAUACGUUCCAAAAGCAUGGAUUUGUAAGACAUUGAAUCUUGAUUUGAACAGCUCUGUCCACCCUCUUGACAGCAUAGCUGGGCUGCUGGACCUGUCCCUACUCUACCACCUGUGGAUCAGUGGCAGCUUCCUCCUCUUCACAUGGCACAUCACACUGCUGCUCUUUAGGAUCUUUGUCACUGAGGUGUACAGUUUUCCUGUGCAGUCAUCGUUUACUGAGGAUGCCCACCAGUGUCUUCCUAAAGUUCUGACUGACAAGCAGCCAAAGAUAUUACAGUUUCUAGCUCUGCAGGACUUGGCUUUGCUGUCUCAACACUCCCCAUCAAGACGCAGUGAGGUCUUCAGUCUGAGUCAGCCAGGUGGCCAUCCCCACAACUGGAAUGCCAUCAGUAAGGAGUGUCUGUCUUUGCUGGCGGAUCUCACUCAGAGACUCAUAGCCUAUCAUGACACCGUUGCAACCAAUGGGAGAGCCAAAUCACUGUCUACUGGGAGUGAGAGGAAGACUUCAUCUGAGUCAUCGGUUACCUCGGGUACAGAGGAUCUAAUGAGCCCGAGGCCUACUUUACUGAUGAAAACUCCAGCUUCGGUCUUUGCACGCUCCAUUGUUGGCUGCCCACAGAGCCCUCUGACGGCACCAUUCACUCCUGACCUGGACAGCCCUUUUGCUUCUCCCGCCUUGCGGCGUCUUACUGCUCCUAUGGACCAAUGCUCGCCGUGGUUCGGCACAGUGCAGAGCCCACACAUCAUGAGGAGAGCCCCAAAGCUCUGGUCCACCUCCACAGAUUCACUGGUCAAUGGCAGUCCCCUGGCUUCCCCUGCCACCCCUGUCCCCAGUCCCAAGCAGGAACCGUCCAAACCAAGUCUACUGGCUCAGUUCCUCCAGAACAGAAAAGAACAGGUUAAAAAUGUCUUGGCAAAGCGCGUGCUGAUUAUGUAUUUGUUUAACAAGCUUCCAGAGGCCUCCAGUCAAGCUCUGUUUGCAGACAGCCAGGCUCACAUCUGGGCUUUAGAAGGGCUGUCUUACCUUGUUCAAUCCUCCUUCUCAGAAGACCAGUUUGGGGUUGUACAGACAGCAUUACCCAGAAUUCUCAGUUGCAUGCUGGGCUUACAAGAGGCAGUAGAUCGCCACUUCAAGCUGCCUCACGCCUCCAGUAAGCCAGUCAGGUCAGCCAGCAGCAUGGGAGACUCUACCCACAAAACACUGCGCUUCGCUCUCAGGGCCACUCUCAAGACUUCCAUCUACAGGAUAACAACUACUUUUGGAAAUCACUUAAAUGCUGUUCAGAUGUCUGCAGAGCACCGGAAAAGAUUGCAGCAGUUUCUGGAGUACAAGGAAUAACUCUCGCUGUGUGCGUGUGCGCGCGUGUUUUAAUAUUUAUGUCUGCACUAUGUCAUGGCAGAUUGUGUUUGAUAGGCUAGAACACAUCCCCUACAUGCAUGAGGCAUGGGCUUCCUGCCCAAGUGACUGAAACAGGUUGGAAGCCCAACUGUUGCCUCCUGUGUUUGACAGAUGUAAAAUAGCUCACUGUAUAAAUAAAACACUCAUUCCAAAAGAUUUGUUUCAUUUUGUAUUACAAGAACAUCAUAUCAAGUAAUUACUUUUUGUUAAUUGGGAUGAGUUGUAAAGGGCUACUUGCGCUGCAUUUGUGCUAAAUUAUGCAGAUCCUUUUGGUUUCACACUUCAUCAUAUGUCUUUUACAGAUCCAAAACCUCUGUUUGUGUUAACUAUUUGUCAGUUUUGUUCAUGUGAACGAACGUUGCCUUUCGUGUCAGAUCAAGAUGGAGAUGCGGUGUGACUGGUAACAAGUGUGGGGAAUAUGUUUUGAUUUUUGAAGCCAACAAGUAUUGAGUUUACAUUCCCACUCAGACUUGUUGA